AUGGCCGAGCUGCGAAAGGUGGCGGCCUUCGGAGGGGGCGGUGCGUACAGAAAACUCAGGGGCAUCCUAGGCGCUUCCAUGGUCCAGGAGCCCUGCUACCCGUCCCCCCCUUUCUCUCUGGUUCACUCCCAUGCCACAAGCUUCGGUACCUAUUUCGAACUCCCGUUCUUUUCUCUUCUUUCUCGCCUUUCAAUUGUGACUGUGGUUUUUCCUCCUUCAUCGGCUUCUAAACCGACAGAACUGCGGUUAGCUUUGGAAAGUUUUUCUUAGUGCCGUAUCUUGUUCUUCCAUGAAGAGGGAAUGCCGCUUCUGUAUUUUUGCGGCGGCAUCAUGUCUUUUAUGGCAGGUGACGUGUUCUCAUCCUUGCAUGAGUUUUCGUGUCAAGGAAGCUAGGAUAGGCUAUGAUCCUAUUCUUUUGCACCCUUCUCGCCUAUAUUUUGAUGUUUGUUCUUUCACUGAAGGCCCCAGAAUUGCGUAGUGAAUUCCAAUUUCUCCACCACUUCAUAAAUGUCCUUGGUCUUUUUCUCUAGACAAUCUCGUUCGUUUCAUUGGGUAUGGUGUUUUGGGGGAAGGAAUGUUUUCUGUAAAAUGAUAAAGAUGGUUCACUCAUAUCCAAGAUCUAAUUUAUUUGCAGUACUUAAAAAUUCGGGGAAAAUGAAUGUGCUUAGUAUUAUGCUAAAUAAAUGGAUUGUGGAGACUUGUCCCUGCUCCUUCUAAUGUUGCCAUUGAAAAUUUGUUUUGUAUCUUUCUACAUGGCUUUGGUGUCUUGUUCUCUUUUCGGGCCUUCAAAAAGUUAUGAUUUCGAGAAAUGAAUGGAAAUAUGAUUUCUUCUAUGUUAUGGACAAUCAGACAGAUAAUAAGUGUUAUAUAAUUUUACUAUUUACUUAACCAUAUCUUCAAAGUGAAUUAAAACCUGGGUUGGGGCUCUGUGAUUUUAGGCUCUUAUAGCUGCCAUUUAGAAUGUGAGACAGAAAAUGAGGACACCAACCGAUAGCCAUGGCCAACAUUGUUCUGAUGACAAUAUCAGCUCAAAUCUGAGCAUAGUUACCAGGUAUGACUGGGUCACGCGCAGGAGUAUCAAUGGAAACCUGUUAAAUAUAUUGAAUAAAAUUAUAGCUCUAUCCUUUCAACGUCCAAUACGUUGCGACUUUUAUUAUUCUUUCUCGUUGGUCCUUAUGUCUCUAAGCCUAUCUUAUUAAUUAAGUCACAGAGUGACAUCACGUAUUUUACAUAACACUUAUCUUGAGCUAACUUCACUUGUAAAAAUAAUGAGAUGUCUGCUUUGGUCGCUCAAGCAAAAGGAAAUGCGCAAUUGGACUUGCAAUCGACAAUCAAUAUGCUAACAUGAAUUUGAGUUUUACUUGAAUAAUCUGUUGUUCAAUUUACAAAAGAUUAUCCUUUUCCUUGUGUUCCUAUAACUGUUUGGGACGGUGUUCUAUCCAUGCCUUUCUGACAGUCUUUAGAGAUCAAUGUGUAAUAGGGAACAGAGGCCAUUCACACCCCCAUCAAGUAGACAAUAUGAUAGACUUGGAUGAGGAACAUCCGUCAUUAUUCAUCAUUUUCUUGGUUCUUGAUCAAUAUUUUCUACUGGCAUUGUCUUGUGUAGUGGUUCAUAUGCUAGUUAUUUAGGAGAGGUCAGGCUGUCGAAAAGCUACAUCCUUAGUUCCUUUUCAAGGUUAUGGCUGCUUAUUUAUUUCAUCACAUGUAUGAUUAAAUUUCUUGAAAUUCAUGUAUCAUGAUGCAAUCGCGUUUUCUAUUAACAAUGGAAGUAAUGCGUUACACUUCUUGGAUGAUACAUUUGCCCUCUGAACUUAAUAUCUCCAUAGAGAAGACCUGUUUAAUCAAGUAUAUGUAAUUCAUUGUAAUCGCUCCUCUAUUUUUGUUCUCUGUUUAAGGAUUCACACAUUAUGGUUAUCUGAUAGGGUUCAAAGAAGUGAAUGAAGAAGAAAAAGCCAAAUUGGUGGGUAAUGUAUUCACCAAAGUUGCUCCAAGCUAUGAUCUUAUGAAUGAUAUGAUGAGUGGUGGAUUGCACAGAUUAUGGAAGGACAGGUUAAUCAAAAUCGAAACAAUGAUAUCAAUUCAGUUUCUUUUGUUAGUUCAAUCGCUUGAUACUUGAACAUUGCAGGUUGGUUUCCAAACUGCAUCCCUUUCCUGGAAUGAAUCAUCUUGAUGUGGCAGGUGGAACUGGUAAUCUCCCGUAGCCAUUUUGUUUAAACAACUUUCAAUAAAAGUGGCCAGAAUAUCAGGCCAGGUUUAGCAUUCUGAGAAAUGUAUAUUUACGGAUUUUUCUGUGCUCUUCUCCGCUUUGCAUUUCUACCACAUCUAGGGUAAUAGCGGGUAUAUUUUUUGAAUUCAACAUGUAAAUAUUUGAUGAUUAUAUUUAUUAAACUUUUUUCAUUGUUAGCCAUAACAUUUAGAAGUUUCAACAUUUACAUCUUCAUGUAAAUAUUUCCAAAUGUAAAUAUUUUAAAUAGAGUUUCAUAUAUGGCCACGAUUGGCAUUCAUACAUUUAUAAAAAUUUUAGACGGUAAUUUCGUGCAAGAUUGUCUAGCAUCCUGGAUAUAAGUUCAAACUUGUCCUUUCCUGAUACAAUUUCCAUUUUGUUUCUAUCCAAAUGUACCCUUUUAUCCUCUGGUGUUCCACUGGCUGAUUCUAUGUUGUUAGGAAAGAGACAUCAUUGUAAGAUUGUGAUUUAUAAUUAUAGGGGGUAUUUAGUUUGAUUCUUAGUCCAUGACAAAGAGCCUUGAUUUAGUUCUUUUUCUGAGAUUGACACUUGUUGAGUUUCAUUGCUGUAUUUGGUUCCUUGUGCACCAUCUGCUUUCUGGGGUGUUGAUUGACGUUUGAAAUUCACAAAAAUGCCAAGUGCACAAUUUAUGAUUUCAAGAAGCUUUCAAUGGGGGAACCUGGCUUGGUAUUUGAGGUUUAGGUUUCAUUUUUAUGCAACCACAGUAGCAAUAAUGUUUUUUUUAUAUUGUUAACUAAAAUCUGGAUGAUGAUGGGAAUAGUUCUGGACUUCGUUAACUAAAGAGAGGAAUUAAAUUAAUAUAUUUCAAAACCCACAGAUGUACAUAAAAUUCGUCGUGUUAAUGAAACAGAUUGUGUGAAUCAUCUUUCAAAAUGGUAAUCAACAGAAUUUCUGUCUCGGAAUCCGGUUCCAUUUUGUCCUGCUGAUGUUCAUCACUGAUUGUGUGAAUCAUCGGUGCUACAUAGUGCCUUGAUUUUCUGAUCUCCGGGAAAUGGAAUAUCAAAGAUUACAUUCACUGUUGUGUUCAUAGCAGGCCAACGUUUUAUGAGGAUUUCACACCGGGAAUAUUACCUACAUCAUUUUAUGAGGAUUUCAAACCGGGAAUUUUAUGUGUGGAGAGUUUUUUAUUGUUUUAAAUAUUGUUCUGAAUACUUUGCUUGACCACUGCCGUAUAAAAUCUAAUGAACGUGGCGUCCGUUCUUUUUUUCUGGCAUUUUUAAUUUUCAGGAGACAUUGCUUUCCGUAUUCUAGACAAUAUAAAUGGUGUCUCCCAUCGAGCUCUGCAGAACGGUCAAGCUGAGGGAGAAGAUGACACCAAAAUAUAUGUGUUAGAUAUCAACCCAAACAUGUUGGCUGUUGGGAAGAAGCGUGCUGCUGAUAAAAGUAUAUCAAAUAUUUAUAUUUGCAUUUUUACUGGUUCACUGGUUCACAUCUUCAUGGGUUGUUCUAGCCAAACAUGUGAUAUCAUCUUAUUGCAGUGCUUGAUAGUCGUUGUCUCCAAUGGGUCGAGGGAGAUGCAGAGGCAUUGACUUUUGAGGAAAGUUCAAUGGAUGGGUAUACCAUUGCAUUUGGAAUCAGAAAUGUGACACAUAUAGAGAGGGCGCUUGAUGAAGCUUACAGGUAAUCAUCACAGAUACAUUUAACGCGUCCUUGUUUGUCCACUGGGUGAAUAUCUGUAAUUGGUAUCUGUGAUGUAAGAACCGGGCAUGAUAAUCCGAAAACCUAUAACUUGCAUGCUCGAGAAAACUCCAAACGGAAGGAAUGGGUUUUAGGAAUGGGCAUGUUAUCAUUUUUCGUUUGCCACCUUUCAAAAUAUGGACAAUAUGUGAUGGCAAGGUUCCUUUCUUUCAGGGUGCUGAAAAGAGGAGGCAGAUUUCUAUGUAUGGAGCUGAGUCAUGUGGAUACUCCUCUUUUUAAACAAAUGUAAUGUAUCAUGAUACUGCUCGGCCUUGAAGUAUUAGUCCUUCCUCUUUACAUAUUCGAAUGUAUGAUGACUUGAAUGUUCCCAUAUUUUUUUCGCAUACAUACCAUAUUGAUCACCAUUGCAAUAGUUGGAUGAUGGACCAGUAUUUUAUGUGUUGACAUUCGAGUCCAAGUCGUCAGACAUAUUGGUUUUGAAAUCCAUGUAUUCUGAACUUUGUUCGGAUUACUUUAUUUAGCUUAUGCUGAGGUAAACAGAAAUAAUUGGAGUAGAUAUGAACUUCCUUGCUGUCUAAUUUCAAACAUCCAUACCAGAGCUCAUCGCUUUAGGCUUUUGGUUAUUGCCUGAUAGAAGAGCUGCAUCUUGUUUCAUAAAACUUAAUACAACAUUAACGUGAGAAGAAACUUGUCUCUUGACUGUUCUUUUGAGUCUGGUAAAAUGUUGAAACCUGUGACAAAAAAAUUGAACCGAAUCUCUUUUUAACAUCUUUAAUCCUGUGUUUCAUAAACUACUUUCUUGUUUGUCACCAUGAUUACACGUAUUAAUUAUUUUCUCAUCGUUAUAUUGAUAUUCUGUUUAAAUCUCCAGCUACGACUACUACUCGUUUUCAGUCAUCCCAGCAAUGGGGGAAGUAGUGGCAGGGGAUCGAGACUCUUACCAGUAUUUAGUUGAGAGCAUCCGUCAGUUUCCUAAACAAGUGAGUUAUAUUUCCUAUAAAUUAUAUCUACAUAUUUAUAGAUUAGUAUAAACAUGCUUAAUUUUCGUUUUUAUGAUGAGCUCUGAAUAUCAUUAUAUUAUUUUAGAUGUCAUGGGAAUUGGCACAAUUCCACAAUGAUCUAAUUUGAUUUCUCGCUUCAGAGUCUUUUUCAGGUCUUUCACUAAAUUUGUGUUUGGUUAUAUAAACACCAGGCCUUAUCUAUCAAUCCACUUUGUGUUGUCAUUAAAUUUCUUUGAUUUUUCACAUUAAAAUUUUCUAGUAUCCUCUUGUAAGACUAGGCUUGUGUUUUGACUAUCAGUCCUAUAUGUUUUAGCAUUGAUAUUUAGUUAUCAAGAAGAAUUCGAAAGCAAUUGGAUCAGAGAAAGUUAGUUUUAAGGAUGGCCGCGUUUGUCAACUUGAUUCCUAGGUAGAGUUUGACUCAUGCAAAGAGUAACAAAGUUCAUUCUUGGCUGUCAUCUCUACUUGCUACUGCUUUCGUGAAUAAAUAAAAAUAAAACUGCCGAGGAAAUGAGAUAUCAGAUGGUCAAUUAUACCUCACAAACCCAUAUGCUUAACCUCUUGGUUCCAAUGAUGUACUUAUAAUUGGAACAUCAAUGAAAAUAUAUUUUUUAUAUAUAAAAAAUGCCUUUUUCUUUUGAUGGGAACUCUAAAAUAUUCGGUGCAGCAAUUUUAUAUAUUUUUCUUCCAGAUUCUUCGAAUAACUUACUAUCUCUGUCAGAGUAAAAAAACAUUCUAACAAAGGAUUUCGAAGUAUAAUUAUUUUCUUGCUUUUACUUUAUCCCAAUUAGCUAUCUUGUACUUAUCUUAAACUAUCAAAAACUAAUGAAAUAUGAAAUAAUGCAGAGUACCAUUUUAUUGAUGUUGUUUUUAUCGUUGUUUUGGUUCUAUCGAGGGUAGUUUCAAACUGUCGAGAGUCGUUCGGACACAAAUUGGAUAGUUAUGCACUUGCAUUUGUUAGAACAGUUGAUGAGGAUGAGCUGAUGAAUAACUAUGAACUCCCUAUGCAGAGAAGUAGCAAUCCCAGACCUCACAUUUACAGCAGAAAGUUUAGCCCGAUACUAUGAGAAAGUCAUUGUAUCAUAUAUUCUCUAAUAGAUUUGUAUCGAAGGUGUAACUAUCCACAAUGCUUUUAUCUAGAUUAAAAUCAUAAAUAUUUUCAUCUUCAUCAAUCACAAGGUAGAUAGCAGAUCAAAUGCACUGCUCAAGUAAUGAUUUACUCCUCAGCUGACAUCUGGCUCCUCCCUCAUGUCUCCUGGUCUUUUGGGUAUGCAGGAAAAGUUUGCUAGAAUGAUUGCGGAGGCUGGUUUUCAGAAGGUUGAGUAUGAAAACCUGGUUGGUGGCGUGGUCGCAAUACACACAGGACUCAAGUUAUAG